AUGAAUUCAAAUAAUUUUUUUAAGAGGGUUAAGCCUAAGAUCGAUCAAUUGGUAUAUGAAUAUAACACUUUUAAUUCGGACAUUGAGGAAAAAUAUCAAGAAUACCUUUAUUCGAUAAAUCAUUCUCAGAUAUCAGCAGUUCAACUUCAAAAUUACUUUGUUCCAAAGGGCACAAAUGAAUUACUAUUGCAAUAUGAGAAAAUAUUUCGUCAGCAAAUAUCCGAAUUACGUAAUUAUUUAUCGAAAAUCACAUUUAGAAAAUCCAAAUCAGAAGGUAUUCUUAAUAUUGGACUUCAAGAUGAUCUUCUUGACGAUGAUUUACUAGAAAAGACACAAAAUGAUAUACAAAAAGCUCAAAAACUUUUAGAUAAUCAAGAUUUACGCGAAAUACAAGAUUCAGUUGUUGAAGAUUUGGCAAAAAUUAAUGAAAUUUCACGAAAUAAUACAAGAAAGAAACUCUUACUUAGAAAUUUAUCAGAUUCCUUAUUACAUCAGCAAAAUCUUUCUCCAAGAUCAUUAAAGAAUAAAAUAUCAUUUGAAAAUCAAUGUGAUACGCAACUUUCCAAUGAUUUUGAGAAAGAAAUUUCUGAAUUAAAAAAUGAAAUUCAGGAAAGAAAGAAAAAACUCAAAGAUUAUGAACGAGAGACAAAUAAAAUCGAUAAAGAAUCCAAAGCAAUUAAAGAAAAGAAACAAUUACAGCUCAAUGACGAAUUAGAAACUAUUGAGAAAAAUAAAUUAAUUUUAGAUGAAACAAUUGAUCUUGACAAUAAAAUAAACGCAAUACUACAAGAAAACAAAACUCUUUCUUAUCAAUUAGAUGAUUUAAGAGCAGAAAAUGAAAGAUUAAGAAGAGAAAAUUUCACUGCGCAAAGAGAUAAAGCAAAUCUUGAAAAUGCAAAGAAGGACAUUAUCAAAAUGAAAUCAAAUUGCGAACGAUUACAACGAGAAAUCGAAAAAAGUGAAAAAGAUUUGGAAAUUUAUAGAAAAAUUGUAAAUGACUUAGAAAUACAAGUAAAAGAUAAAGAAAAUCAAUACACUAACUCAGAAUCUAGAAUCAAAUCUUUAGAAGGAAUGAUGAAAGAAACAGAUUCAAAUCUUGUCAAUACAAUACAUAAAAAACAGAAAGAAAUAGACUUAAUGAACUCAGUAUCUGAUACAAAAGCAGUGAUUGAGGACCAAUUUGACAAUUAUUCUGAUGAAAUUGUAAAAUUAUUCAAUUCGGAUUUGUCGAGAUCAACAUCUGAAAAAGUUUUUGAUCAGCAAAUAAAAGUUCAAACAAAUUCCAAUUUUUCGCAUGAUGAUUUAAUUGAUUCUUCACCAAUUAAACAGAAAAUUGAAAUUAAAGACAUAAAUCAUAUGCAUAAUUCAUCCCAAGAUAAUCCUAUUGACGAAUUAACAUCUCUUUUUUCAUAA